AGAUAGUGAGGUGAGGGGCAUGGGAUAAGAAGUUGGGGAUUUGGAGAUUGAUUGGAGACGACUGGACAAAGGGACGGCACGUGAUAAGAAGCACCUAUGGUGCUUGAGAAUAUAAGUCUUGCUGGUGUCGGUUAUAGAAUAAACUCUAGUCGGUCUGUCUCAUAUAUGGAAGUCGAAAUGGGAAGCUGCGAUGGUUGAGUUGCGACUUUGUGAUACUUCGCACAGAUGCAAGUGCUGAUCACUUAGAACACCCGUGACUGCACCGACGUCGGAUCUGUGACAAACAGGCUCCAGCAAGAUGCCGGUUAUUCGCUUUCUCGUCUGUUGUAUUAAAAAAUAUAUAUAAGCAAUCAUAAAUAUUAUUCUCCUCAAUCUCAAACUAUUAAGCAUUGCCAGCUGCGAGCUACAAAGUCCCUCCUAUCCACCCCAUAACCGCAGAAAUGGCAGAGCAACCCCACCUUCUCAGCGCAACCGACGCCCUCCAUCUCCUCCAAACCGGAGCUCUCACCGUCGAAGCCUAUGCCACUGCCCUUCUCACCCAUAUUCGCAGCAAUGAGCCUACAAUCAAAGCUUGGGCCCAUCUCAACCCUGACCUCGUCCUCACCCAAGCCCGCCGCCUUGAUCAGCUUCCAUCCUCCAAGCGCGGGCCCCUUUUCGGCCUCCCUUUUGGCGUCAAAGAUAUUAUCCACACCAAGGAUAUGCCAACCUCCCACUCUUCCCCACUGUUUCCAUCUCCCCCCAACACACAAGACGCCCCCUGUCUCGUUGUUCUCUCCAACCAUGGGGCCCUUCCCUUGGGCAAAACUACAACCACUGAAUUCGCCAUCUCUACCCGCGGUCCACCCACCACAAACCCGCAUAACCAAGCUCACACUCCCGGCGGCUCCUCUUCAGGUUCUGCCGCUGCCGUGGCAGCGUUCCAUGUCCCCCUCGCCAUCGGCACACAGACAGGAGGGAGUAUUGUUCGCCCAGCGGCGUUUAACGGGGUUUAUGGAUAUAAACCUACCUGGGGCGCCGUGAGUCUUGCCGGAGUAAGCUCGGUCUCACCAACUUGCGACACGAUUGGGUUCUUUGCGCGGAACGUCGCGGAUCUGCAACUGCUGGCUACGGCGUAUAGGAUUGAAGAUCUUGAGCCGGUGCUAGAGACACCACUAGAGUUAAAGGGGGCGAGAAUUGCAUUCUGCAAGACCCCGGUGUGGGAGAAAGCCGAAAAAGGCACGAUCGAUGCCUUUACAGAGGCCAAGGAGCUGUUACGUGCCCGUGGCGCAGAGGUGGUAGACCUCGAUCUCCCCGCCGCAUUUGCGGAAGUGGGCGAAUGGGCGCGCACUAUUCAUGCUGGAGAGGGGCGGUCGUCGUUCCUUGGCUACUACCUGCAGGAUAAGGAGAAGUUGGACUCUGUGAUUCAAGGGCAAGUUGAGAAUGUGAAGGGGGUCUCGAGGGCGGGGUUGAUGGCUGCGUAUGAUGGGUGUGCAGCGCUUAGGCCGGUGUGGGAUGGGCUUGCGGGGGAGUUUGAUGUGGUGAUUACGCCGAGUGUACCUGGUGAGGCGCCGGAGGGGUUGGGGUAUACGGGGGAUGCGUCUUUCUGUGCCAUGUGGACUGUGCUACACGCGCCGGCACUGAAUGUACCGGGCUUUGUGGGCGAGAAGGGGUUGCCGGUUGGCUUGACGGUUAUCACAACUGCCAACUAUUUUCCGAUAACCACAUCAACCUCACUUCAACUCCAAGUUGCAUUCGUCCUCAAAUACAAGAUGGAGGAAUCCAAUUCCAACCAACUCCGGAGAAGUUGUAACCGGGCAUCCACCAGAGAAAGACAAAACGUACUCUCUGAGAAUCAGACCCACAACCGUGAACACGAUAGACAUCGCCGUCGGAGGGAUUUAUUGCGUGCGCAAGUUGGCCAAUCCAUACAGCCAAUUCCUACGUCUCCGGUUUACACACCCGUUUCGUCUACCCCAGGGAGACUUGGAGACCGUUUUGAGGAUGAACCGAUGGAGGAGGUAAUUCCUGUUCACUCUCCAGAGCAUUCGAGCCGGUCCGAUACCAUUGAAAACCAAGAUGUCCCUUUGGGUACAUUUCAACAUGCAGCCGAAUCGUUGGUGGAACAGCCUCUCCCGACAACGACGACAGAUGUUCGCAAUCCGGACAUUAUCCGCUUGGAAAAUAUUUUCAGAGCUGCAAAUAGCACGCUCAGCAAAGAGGCUUUUGGUAAGGAUCAGACAUCGCAGAAAUAUAUGGAAUGGGGUUCUCAGCUAGUGGGUUUGUUUGAUUACGGAACUACCAUUCACCGUCCAGAGACCGUCCUCUCCAUAUUUUCCAGUCCAAGGAUAGUGGAUACGAACGAACAGAUUCGAGAUACUGCCAUCUCCCCGGACAUUUACAGACUGCUGCUAAAGAUAAAGCAUGAUUUUGGUCGUAAUUUGGGGUCCAAGAUUAUUACAGAGGCAUUUGGGCUUUUGGAAAUAAGUCGGUAUUUUGCAACUGAGAUAUCUCGCCGCCUCCCUAUACUUCCUAGCAGUUGUGAGACCUGCAGGACCCGCAUUAUUGAAGAUAUCAAGUUAGACUUUGCUUCUGCGAACGCGGGGCUGAACAGGCAAGAUCUGUUGAUAUGGAGGGAGACUAAUCAGCAAGCCUACACUACAGCGAUGGCGCCAAUUAAUAAGCUGUACCAGAACAGUAAUGCUAUCCAAAGUUUCGUCGAAGAGAUGGGGACGCCUGCUGCCCUGCUAAUCUGGCCAUUUUCGAAGGCACAAAGAGUGACAAAGUUGGCUUUGCACGAGCAGCCCUUGGUGUUCGUGUCCGGGAUGAUCCAGUUCAUAAAAGGCACAGACCGAUUCCCGUCUAUACAAAAUCUCAUCAAUCAUAUGUCUGUCUGGGUUGAUGGAUGGGUAACGGGAACGAUACAACCUCAUGUGGCUUGUGGCUACCUCCACAGAUUCAGGUAUAGUGGAGUCUCACCGGACGAGGAUUUUAGUCCACUUAGUAUGUACGAUGUUCUUACCAGCUUCAUGCAUUUAUGGGACCUACGAGGUCUACCAAGCCCUACAGUAGGAAGGCUAGGAACCCAAUUCACCUUCAACGCUACUAGUGAUUUGAAGGGGUUUAGUGUUGCCAGCGAUUUCAGAGCUUUUAAACCUACCUACCGGCUCAAUGAAAGAGUUGUUGCCAGUGUACUCGCGACUACAGAUCUCCCCACGAAUGUCAUCUACGUCCGCGCAUCUCAAUACGGAAGCUGCCAUGACAACAGAACAUUUAUGAUCAACAAGGCAAUGGCAAUUCAUCCCGAGGCCACGACAAUUCUAUGCCCUGUUCAUACUGGAAUGAGCGAUCACUGGGUUGGUGUAGUUGUGCGACUGGUCCGCCGGGGCGUCAAACUUCCUACGAUGACGUUAGAACUCUUAGACUCACAUGUUCAUCAGGCUAGCACUUCACUAUACGACGAGAAUAUUGGCAUGGGGAUAAUACUUACUUGGCUGCGCUUCCGCCUGCAAGACUAUGAUAGAUUUGUGAUCCCACAUUUGAUGAUACAGGGGAGAGUUGCCCAAGAAACCGCCAGGAAUUCAUGUGGUGUGCACACUCUGGCAAAUCUCAUUGCGGCAGGAAGAUCCUCUGACUAUCCCACCGAUUCUUCUGAAGAGUGGGUAGAUGCUCAAAGGUAUCAAUAUCUUGCCCAGACCCUUCGGAGCGCAGCGGAUAAUUUGAUAUUGGAUCCUAAAAGACAGUUCAUUAAAACGACUCUCAUCAACUUUGUUGAUAACCACACGAAACCUGGUCAAUGGGAACUCUAAGUGAAGCGUCGACGGAUUGGGGACUCUAAAUGGCCGGUUUCCCAGCAUUGUUACAACAGCGGCUGACCACAUCUCAACCAACUCGUUGCUUGAUCUCUUUCGGUUUACAGUGCUUAUUGAUUUACUAUUUUGCGCCGAGCAGCAGGCCAACGGAGCAAGGACUGGAGA